GAGCCGGCAGCGCAGGACGCCGAGCUCCAGGUGCCGGCCAAGCUGCUGCGCGCCCGGGCGCCCGGCGGGGUUGGGGACGGUCGCUGGGUGCCACGAGCUGAGCUAGCGGAUUGCAGCGGAAAAGCAAAGAUGUCACAGUGGAUCCUUUGCCUCCAGGACGCGUUACGGUGAGAAUAAGAGCCCUGGCUGGCUGGAACUAGCCUAGAGGAGUGUACGGCAGCCAUGGAUAUGGAGUAUGAGCUACUCAAUGAGAGCCGCACUUGGCUUUCCCCUCCCUUUGACCUCAAUGGCUCUGUGGUGGCUGCCAAUGGCUCAAACCAGACAGAGCCAUACUAUGAUCUGACCAGCAAUGCAGUCCUCACGUUCAUAUACUUUGUGGUCUGCAUCGUCGGACUGUGUGGCAACACACUGGUCAUUUACGUCAUCCUCCGCUAUGCCAAGAUGAAGACCAUCACCAACAUCUACAUCCUCAACCUGGCCAUCGCGGAUGAGCUCUUCAUGCUGGGCCUGCCCUUCCUGGCCAUGCAGGUGGCUCUGGUCCACUGGCCCUUUGGCAAAGCCAUCUGCCGGGUGGUCAUGACUGUGGAUGGCAUCAAUCAGUUCACCAGCAUUUUCUGCUUGACGGUCAUGAGCAUCGAUCGAUACCUGGCCGUGGUCCACCCCAUCAAGUCAGCCAAGUGGAGGAGGCCCCGCACGGCCAAGAUGGUCAAUGUGGCUGUGUGGGGGGUCUCUCUGCUGGUCAUCUUGCCUAUCAUGAUCUACGCUGGGCUUCGGAGCAACCAGUGGGGAAGAAGCAGCUGUACCAUCAACUGGCCGGGUGAAUCCGGGGCGUGGUACACAGGGUUCAUUAUCUACGCCUUCAUCUUGGGCUUCCUGGUGCCCCUCACCAUCAUCUGUCUUUGCUACCUGUUCAUUAUCAUCAAGGUGAAGUCCUCUGGGAUCCGCGUGGGCUCCUCCAAGAGGAAAAAGUCUGAGAAGAAGGUCACCCGGAUGGUGUCCAUAGUAGUGGCCGUCUUCAUCUUCUGCUGGCUCCCCUUCUACAUCUUCAAUGUCUCCUCCGUGUCCGUGGCCAUCAGUCCCACCCCAGCGCUUAAAGGCAUGUUUGACUUUGUGGUGGUCCUCACCUAUGCGAACAGCUGCGCCAACCCGAUCCUGUACGCCUUCUUGUCUGACAACUUCAAGAAGAGCUUCCAGAACGUCCUCUGCUUGGUCAAGGUGAGCGGCACAGAUGACGGGGAACGGAGUGACAGUAAGCAGGACAAAUCCCGGCUGAAUGAGACCACAGAGACCCAGAGAACCCUCCUCAAUGGGGAUCUCCAGACCAGUAUCUGAACUGCCUGAAAAAAAUAAAUAAAUAAAAUGCCAAGCUCUGCCAAAGUGGCGAUGCGCUCCCUGCCCCCACGCCUCUCUCCUUCCUCUUGCCCGUCACACCUGGCUUCUUAGAAUAGGGAAUUGCUCAGCAUGAGUCCAAUCAGAGAACACUGUUUGAGUCUGCUUGUCUGAGUGAAUGAUAAUGUAUUAAAUUGAUUACCUCCCCCAUUAAGUGAACAUUGAAAUGCAGGCAGACAAUUCCAAGUCCGGAGAAGAAGAGAUCAUGCCUCUCUACGUGAUCUGUAGAAAUGGUGCAGCUCAACAAAAACCGGAAGUAUGUCUGCGUGUUUAAAACCUACUAUGUAAUCUUGUGGUCUUAACAUUUAUACGUAUCUAUUCUAUUCCUCUCUAAGUCCCUGUACAGUCAUUACCUAUGUUUCCUGUGGUCAAGUACAUGAGUAGCAAGUUGAAGUGUGCAUAGUAGAGGUGGACAUUCAUUACGAUGCGGGGCCCACGGACGCAGGCUUCCCAUGAAGCCAAUACAGAUUAAGCUUCAGGGAUCUCUCCUGUUUGGGCAGUAUCGUCACAUGACCAAAUGUUUCUGUAAAAAUUGUAAAAGGAAGGUAUUUUUGUAAUUCUUUUUCUUAAAGCUUCCAGCCUCUCGAACCCACCUCUGCUCCCUGGGGAUUUGCUGUCUUAAUUUCGGGCAAGUUACAUCACAGUAAGAAAGCAAGAGGAGCUAUUUGAGGACCCAGAUGAUAAAUUCAUGUGUUUUCUCUUCUUAGAGAUCAUCAAAGAAUUAUUCAUUUACCCAAAAGGUCUCAAAUGGUUGGGGUCAUUGAUUAUUGUAUUUAUCAAGACAGAGAUUGCUUUGUUAUAGGAUUGCCUUUUUUCCUUCUUAAUUUACUUUGGUCUUUCUUAGGGAGCCAUGGAAGGGGAGGGUGGAGAAAAUCACCAACACGAUAGGCAAAACGUUGACUGUAAUUCUUGGGAGGAAACCAUUUUAUUUUCCCCACCAUGAACAUAAAUGAAUAAGAAUAAAGCAAGAUUAUACCUUUA